CCCUCGCCAACGUGCCUUUGUCCCAGGGCCAUUUCCAGCCUAGCCCGCACAUCACCUGACAGUCUCAUGUUAUUUUGUGAAUUUAGUUCAGUGCUAUUCUUAGUGACGCUCGUCACGGCGAGAGAGAGAGGGAGAGGGAGAGGGAGAGGGCACAGGCUCAGGGCCGGGGGACGCAUGAGGAGAGACACUGGCAGAGCCACGAUGAUGCCCAGCUGGCCCUCCCCUGAGCUGGAGCCCAGCCAGAUCCGCCUCAUCGUCUACCAGGACUGCGAGAGACGUGGACGAAAUGUCCUUUUUGACUCCAGUGUCAAGAAGAGGAGUGCAGAAGAAACCUCAGGCAUGGUCGUUUGUCAUUAGCUGUCACGGGAACGCUGAGGGAACUCUCUCACCACUGAAGGCCACAAGUGUGCAAUGACAGGAGCCGAACCCCAUAAAUGCAGUUCUGAUGAUUCAGUUUAAAGAGCUGUGCAACAGUGCUGGCCUGUAUUACAAUGUUAAGCAUGAUUCACAUUGUGGAAAUAAAUGUUUGGUAAACUUUGCACUUAUGGUAACUCUCAAGUAGAUUUCAUAAUAACAAACCCAAUAUUUGUAUGUUGGCCUAAAGACUGCAAAGGACAUUUCCUAGUUCCACACUGAAGAAGUUGUGAUCAGAAUGUGGGCAGUGAGUCGCAGGCCAAGAUGUUGGGGAAAUGCUGUCAGCUGAGGCCCACGGGCGGCAGCUCCAGCUCCUUGGACAGUAGCUCAUCCUGUGCCUCAGAACCCCGGGAGCACAGCCGCUUCCAGGGCACGUCGCGCUGCUCUUCAGAUGCCAACAUGCUGGGAGAGAUGAUGUUUGGCUCGGUCGCCAUGAGCUACAAGGGCUCCACUCUAAAAAUCCACCAGAUCCGGUCCCCUCCUCAGCUAAUGCUGAGCAAAGUGUUCACAGCUCGGACAGGCAGCAGUGUCUAUGGCAGCCUCAACACGCUGCAAGACAGCUUGGAGUUCAUCAGCCAAGACUCAAACACUCUCAAGCCAGACCAGAACACUGUGGUCAAUGGCUUCCUGGGGAACAUAGGUUUCUCUCAGCUCUGCAGCCCUCGCCGGGCCUUCUCUGAACAGGGCCCUCUCCGCCUCAUCAAGAGCGCCUCUUUCUUUUCAGGCCACAGUAACCCCAUGGACAUGCCUGGGAGAGGACUGUACGAUGAGCGAGACAGUGGUAUCGCGCGAUCAGCGUCUUUAAGCAGUCUGCUGAUCACACCAUUCCCAUCUCCAGGCUCCUCUCUCACUAGCAGCUGUGCCAGUAGCUAUCAGCGGCGCUGGUUGCGUAGCCAGACCACAAGCUUGGAGAACGGAGUCUUUCCACGAUGGUCUGUGGAGGAAAGCUUUAACAUGUCUGAUGAGAACAGCGGGCCAAGCCUGGGUAUGGCAAGGAAGAAGAAGAUAGCCAUUGGUGUCAUCUUCCUUCUUUCUCCCAACGAAGAGGAGAACAGCAAGUUCCAGGACUUUUUCUUCUCCCACUUCCCCCUGUUCGAGAGCCACCUGAACAAGCUCAAAAGUGCCAUUGAACAGGCAAUGAAGAUGAGCCGAAGAUCAGCUGAUAUCAGCCAGAGAGUCCUGGCUCACAGCCGCAUGGUGGAUGGUCUCAACGAGUUCAGGACGACCAUCUGCAACCUGUACACCAUGCCGCGUGUCCCCGAGCCUGUGUGGCUGACCAUGAUGUCUGGCACUCCCGAGAAGAACCAGCUCUGCGGCCACUUCAUGCGUGAGCUUGCAUCGCUUAUGGAGCAAGUCUCCAAGAACCAGUUCCUCCCAGCUCUUCUUACAGCCAUACUCACUAACCACUUGGCCUGGGUGCCCACAGUAAUGCCUAAUGGCCAGCCACCCAUUAAGAUCUUCCUGGAGAAGCAUUCCUCACAGAGUGUGGACAUGCUGGCCAAGACGCAUCCUUACAACCCUCUUUGGGCUCAGCUUGGUGAUCUGUAUGGUGCAAUUGGCUCACCAGUGCGCCUCUCACGCACGGUGGUGGUGGGCCGGCGCCAGGAUCUUGUUCAGCGGAUCCUCUACGUGCUCACCUACUUCAUCCGUUGCUCUGAAUUGCUGGAGACCCACCUGCUGGAGAGUGCCGAGGACGAAGCCAUUGUCAUGCCCGGCUCGCUCAUCACAACCUCCCUGCGUCGCGGCGAGGUGGAGGAGUCCGACUAUGUGCUGGUCACUGUACACAAGCCCAACCAUGACUACCUCUCCCAGGGUGCCGAGCCUGAGGAGGGCUACCCUGCUGACAGCAACAGCCUGCAGAGCAACACAUACACGGACACGGAAAAAGGCAUCCUCCAGGUGGAGGAUGUGGGCGAGGGCCCCACCUGCCGGGAAGUGGACAACCUGCGGCCAGAGGCACGGCUGGAGACUGUGGUGCAGGUGGGUUCCACCUCGCCCAGGGAGAGUGGCCCCCUUCUGGACAUCCAGAGACAGUCAGAGAAGCAUGACGUCGAUGUAGAUGAAGGAGGUUUGUCUAUAAACAUCUUCCGGUGGUCUGGAAUGCCACUAGAAAAGAAGCCGCCUGACAAGAGCCAGGCACCCAUGUCUUUCCUGCUGGAUGACGAAGAGGGGCCUGCUUCUAAAGUCACGUUCCUCAUCGGUGACUCUAUGUCCCCUGAAUCUGACAUGGACAGCAGGCGGCGGAGAGUGGAGGAGGAGAUCAAGAAGCACAAAAUGUACUUCAUGGAGAAACAGCAGCAACAGUGUAGCAACAGUGGGCAACUUGGCGAGGCCAAGGCCCUUUUGCCUAAGCCCCUCCUAGUGGACCAAAUUACGACCAAUGAGUGCAAGGAAGCCAAACCUUUGGCCCGCAUUGCUAGCAAUAUUCCUUGUUUCAGCCCUGGGGCCCAACAGGAGUGUAUGGACCUGUUUGAUGAGUAUUUUAGCGAUGAAAACCCAGUGGAGACGAGGACUAUCGACGACGUCUCUGUUGCGCCACCUGAGACGCCGAUGAGCGGCACAGAGGAGCCUGACCAUGAUAGGCCAGGCUCACGGAGAGGCUCAGUGGUGAUGACUCAUGAGCCAGCUUGUGAGCAUAGCAAAGGGGACCCAUGUACCUGCAGUGUGAGCAGUGCUGCCGCUGGCUGCUGUACCACAUGUCGCUUUGUAGAGCAGGACAGAGGCAUCGAGAUAUCACUGAGCAUACCAUCACAAUCGGAGAUGGGGGACCAAAAGAAGGCACCCCUGCUGAAUGACUCAGAGAUCCCACGCAACGAGAGCUCAGACAGCGCUCUGGGGGACAGUGAAAGUGAGGACACAGGGCAGGAGCUUCCCAGACAGGAGCGAGAUGGACAGUUCUUCAGUGAGGAGCAAGCUGACUGGCAAGAUGAGCUGGAAGUGCCCUUCCCUGGGGCAAAGUUGGUGGAAAACUACUCCAAACCAAGCAUCGCCAACUUUGGGAGGUCGUUAUUUGGGGGAUACUGUCCCACGUACGUCCCUGACUUUGUUCUGCAUGGAGUACCCAGUGACGACAAGCUGAGGCAGAGCCUUAUGUCUGACUUGGCUCAUACUGUCCAGCACCCUGUGCUGGAUGAGCCUAUUGCUGAGGCUGUCUGCGUUAUCGCAGACACAGAACGGUGGACGGUGCAGGUGGCUAGCAGCCAGAGGCGAACCACCGAGAACAAGCUUGGUAAAGAGGUUCUCGUGUCCAGUCUUGUGUCCAACCUGCUGCAGUCCACCUACCAGCUGUAUCGUCUCAACCUCUCCCCCAACUUUUGUAUAAUGCACCUAGAGGACCGGCUCCAGGAGCUCUACUUCAAGAGUAAAAUGCUCGCGGAGUACCUUAAAGGACAGACCCGGGUGCAUGUCAAAGAGCUGGGCAUGGUUCUUGGGAUUGAAUCCAGUGACUUGCCGCUGUUGGCUGCUAUUGCAAGCACUCACUCACCGUAUGUGGCCCAGAUCCUGCUUUAGAUAUAUGGACACAUCUUUGCUUUUCGCUGGCAGGGAAUUUAAAGGACCUGGAGUGUACCAUGCUUGGAGCAUCCUGAAACAUCAAAAACCCUUUGGGAACUUGCUGCCAGAGCUAACUAGUCCUUACCAACCGCCUACUUGAUCACAACAGGCUGCUGAGUAGACUCCAUACCACAAGGUGGCAGCAAGGCUUGCGGUGUUAUUACCCAGGAAUUCCCAAUAAGGGAAAAUCUGACUUCAUUUUUAAAGAUGUUUUCUAGGUAGUGGGCUCUAUGGCUGACUGUAUUUUUAUAUACAGAUAGUAUUUGUUUUAGUCCUUCCCUCCUGGAAUGACAAAUCCAAAGAGGAAAUGCAAUGAUUUUUUAAAUGGACAACAAAAGGGAAAUUCACUUCAGUGCACCAUCUAAAGAAGACAUAGGAAACCAAGCUGUCACAUGGAUUAUUGAUGCAUUCAGUUGGAUUGAUUUUCUUUUAAGAAUAUACCAUAUCAAAUGUUAAUGCCAGUUAUGUGUAAUUGUUCUCUUUGUUUACACCUUACUAAUCCCAGUGUCUCAUUACAAAUUGAUGACAGACAGUGAAACAGAUGGGGAAACUUUGCUCUCUUACAUGUUUUCAUUAUUAUUGUCCCACUGGCACAGCACUACCUCAAGUAAAUCAUUGUCUGAUUUGCAUAGAAUAAUUUAAAUUGUGAUGAGUAACAUUAAAAGUCUAAGUAGACUUCUUUUCAGUUUGUGGGUGGAGAUCAUGAAAACCAUGCUGUGCUAUGUUAAAGGGAUACUUGUACAACAAAGUUUGAGUUUUAAAGGAGAAAUGCUGAAACUUCACACAAUGAACUUUGUCUAGCUUUGUGGCCACCAUACUGUGUUUACUGCUGAAAUGCAUGGGGAGGGAUGGAACAGAAAUGUACAUUUAAGUCCGUCAAUCAUGGUAUGCUUGCACAGUCAUUUUAAAAAAGCGAGGAAUAACAUUUGAAAAUGAACUGAUUUAUGAAAAUGAAUUGAUUUUAUAAAAGGUAACGAACAAAUUUAUUUAUUCAUUUUUAUUUCCGGUCUUGGGGUAAUGCGCGCAUCUGAGUCUUAAUGCACACGUGGCAUGGAAAAAGCAGAGGUUUGGCGGAGUUUAUUUUGCCGGUUAAAAUAGCAAAUGAGAUGCUUCUGCAGCAAACGUGCAACUUGUUUCAUUUCAUUAGAAGAUCCUUACGCACGGUCUUCUCAAAUAUGUAUUUAUAUUUAAUUAAGUUCUUCAUACAUGAUUUAGUACAGCAUGUGUUCAUGUAAAUUGUAUAUAUUGCUUAGUUUUCGCUGUGUAUUUGUACAUAACGUCUUACAUUGUGACUUUAGCCUUUUUAUUCUUUCCCAAUUUUAUGGGAAUAUUGUGCAAUAAAUGUCAGUUAUAAAUUUG